AUGUCUCACUCGCAACUCAGCUAUGCACGCUAUGGCAAGGACAAUGUCCGCCUAUUCAAGGUCCGCCGCGAGGAAAAUGGUCUUCAGCAUGUCACCGAGAUGACUGUCUGCACCCUUCUCGAGGGUGACAUCGAGGAGUCCUACACCAAGGCAGACAACUCGCCCGUCGUCGCAACCGAUACUCAGAAGCAGACCGUCUACGUACUUGCCAAGCAGAACCCCGUCGACCCUCCUGAGCUCUUCGCUUCUAUCCUCGGCCAACACUUCAUCGACACUUACAGCCACAUUCACGUCGCACAUGUCAAGAUCAUUGUUCACCGCUGGAGUCGCAUGACUGUCGACGGCAAAGACCACCCUCACUCUUUCCUCCGCGAUGGUACCGACAAACGCACUGUCGAGGUUGUCGCAAGACGCGGUCAAGGCAUCACCGUCAAGUCCGGCAUCGACGGCCUCCUGGUCCUCAAGAGCACCGGUUCUGCCUUCUACGGCUUCCACAGAGACGAGUACACCAGACUGCCCGAAACCUGGGACCGCAUUCUCAGCACCGAAGUCCAAAACUCAUGGCAAUGGAAGCAGUUCAAAAAUGUCGAGCAGGUCCGCAAGGAGCAGGACAAAUUCAACAAGUGCUACGAGGCUGCCAGACAAAUCACCAUCGACACCUUCGCAAAGGAGAACAGUCCUAGUGUGCAAGCCACCAUGUACAACAUGUGCAACCAGAUCCUCGUUGCUGCCCCCGAUACGACGGACAUCGAGUACACUCUGCCCAACAAGCAUUACUUUGAGGUUGACCUCAGCUGGUUCAAGGGCUUGAAGAACAACGGCAAGGACGCUGAGGUGUACGCCCCUCAAAGCGACCCCAACGGUCUGAUUCACUGCCGUGUGUCGCGAAAGGAUCCCAAGGCCAAGCUGUAA